AUGCAGAUUUACGUGCGGCAUCGCGGCAAGUUUGUGAUGCUUGCGCUCUGGAGCGGCUUCGCGUGCAUCGCGACGUUUUGGCUCACGAUCCGUCGCUCCGGCUUUGGCACGACGUACAGCCGCUGCGGCUACCUGGUCAUGUGGGGCGAGUACAAGCAGCUGCUCGAGCCCGGCGCCUUCCCCGCCAACGACUUCCUCCCGCCGCACCUCCGCCUCGACCAGCGGUCGUACCUCGACCUCCCCGAGACGGAGGUGGCGGUGCCGCCCAUCAUCGACGUCAGCGUGGCCGAGCGGGAGCAGGUGCGCAACUUGGAGCACGCCAUUCCCGCCGCCCAGCGGUCGGACCUGCACAUUCAGUUUGGCCCGCUGCGGUCGCAGACGAUUGUGAUGACGGGCGGGGCAAACGAGCGGUACGUGCGGCGGCGGCUUGGGAUCUCGCCGCAGGAUCGGGACCGGCUGCAGGCCGAGGGGGACAACGCGUAG